AUGUCCGACGGGAAGAAGGCCGACGCCGACGACGGAGGAUGGGGCCUGGGGACCUGGGGCAUGGGUUCCUCCGAUGACUGGGGCGUCGGAAACCUCGAUCUGACGUCCACGCUGACCUCGCUCUCGGAGCAAGCUUCCACCUUCGACCUCAACGCCGUGGACGUCACCGGCGCGAUGAACUCCAUGGUCGAGCACGCGAGCAAAGUCGCGAACGAUAUCGCGGACACCGUGGACUCGUACGACGCGCAGCUGGGGCUGAACGUCGCGCGGGGUGAGAACGCGAGCGGCGGGGACGGCGACAAAGAAGCGAGCGCGGGCGGAGACGGCACGAGCGCGAUUCCUCCGGUCGCCCCCGCUCCCGCUGAGCCCGCCGCGCCGGUCGCGCCGGUCGCGCCCGCCGCGGUCGUUCCCGCGGCGUCGACGCGCGGGAAGAAGUCGAAGAGCGCGAAGAAACAGCAGGAACCCGCCGCCGCGCCGACCCCAGCGGCGUCCGCGUCCGCGUCCGCGUCCGCGUCUGAACUCGAACGCCUGCGCGCGUCGCUCGCGGAGAAGGACGCGCGGCUGGCGUCCCUGAGCGAGACCCUCGCCGCGAGGGAGAAGCAGCUCUUGGAGGCGAACUCGAAGACCGCGGCGUCCACGGAAGCGGUCGCGGAGGAGAAGGACAACGAAGUGCGAACGCUUCGAGGCGCGGUCGACGCGUUGACGAAAGAACGCGACGACGCGCGCGCCGAGCGCGAGGCUGGGAUCGAACGCGUCGGCGCCGCGGAGCGCAAGGUGUACGCGCUGACGAAAGAGCGCGACGCGCUGCGCAAGGAGAUUGACCGAAGCGGCGAGCAAGGCGAGCUACUGAAAGAGAAGGACAACAUCAUCACCGAGGUCAUGGCCGAGGGCGAGAAGCUGUCAAAGAAACAGGCGGAGAUGGAGGCGCACGUCAGGAAGAAGAACGCCGCGGCGAAGGACGCGGAGGCGAAGGCGGCGGCGCUGAGCGUGCGGCUGGAGGACGCGAAAGCGACGACCGAGGGGCUUCGCAGGGAGAUGCUCGCGCUCAGAGAGGAGAUCGAGACGCAGAAGACGCACUUCGUGGAUCAGCUCGCGAAGGCUCGGGCGGCGGCGGCGGCGGCGGAGGCGGCGGCGGACGGCGAGACGCGCGCUCGGCUCGAGACCGAGCUCAAGGACGCCGCGGCGAGGGAAUACGCGCUUCAGGACCAGGUCGACGGGUUGCGAAAGGCGAUGACGAAAGCCGCGGAGAACGCGGCGAGACGGGAGGAACGCGCCGCGGAGGACGUUCGCGAGAUGGAACGCCGGUGUCAAGAGUCCGAACGUCGACACGAGGAGCUCGCGCAGUCGAUGCCCGAGAGCACGCGUCCGUUGAUUCGUCAGAUCGAAGCGAUGCGAUCGCAGCAGAACGAGCGCGCGGAAGCGUGGGCGGGCGCGGAGCGGUUGCUCAAGAUACGAGUCGCGGACGCGGAGGAAGCGGCGCGCGCCGCGGCGCGACGGGAAGCGGCGGCGGAGGAGGACGCCGCGGAUGCCAAGGCGACGGCGGCGCGCGCGCGGGAACUGACCGCGAAAGCGCAGGCGGAGACCGCGAACGCGAAGAAACAGCUCGCUUCCGAGCGCGCGGCGGCGAGAGAGGAGCGCGCGAGGGUGAUGGAGGAAGCGGAGACCGCGGCGAUGCAGGAGGGGAGGAUGCACGCGGUCGAGGAGGAGGCGAGGGGGCGAGAGGCGAAGGCGCGAAGGCAGCUCGCGGAGGAAAGAGGGCGCCACGAAGCCGCGACCGCGGCGUGGGAGCGCGAACGCGCGGAGUUCGUCGCGAAAGAGUCGUCGCUCUUAGACAAGAUACGCGAGCUUCAGAGGGUGAUCGAGCAGAGAGACGCCGCCGCGGAGGCCGCGGCGGAGGAAGCCGCGGCGGCGGCGGCGGCGGCGGCGGCGGCGAAAAACGCGGAGGCUGAAAAAGCAUCCGAGGGCGACCAAGGCGACCAGGUCGUCGCCGCGCUGACGCGCGCGGCGCGGUCCGUCAGCGCGGGCGGCGAGUCCGGAGUGCGCCUCGCGAUCGACCGCGCCACGGAAGAGCUUCAGAGGCGGCUGCGCGCGAGCGACAGCGAAGUCAUCAUCGCGAACGACCGGAUCAAAUCGUUGGAGAAGACGCAACGAGAGCUCGCGAACGAGCUCAUGUCCGCGACGUGGCUCAUCGACGAGGUCGGGAACCCCGCGGACUUGAAACGGCAACUCACCGCGCUCGAGGACAGGCACGUGGACGCGCUCGAGAUGAUGGGCGAGACGAGCGAGGAGAACGAGGAGCUCAAGGAGAGGACGGCGGCGUUGAAGUCGAUGGUGGACGCGUUGACGGAGAAGGUUGCCGCGUUGGAAGCCGCGCGCGCGGAAGCGUCGAGUUGAACGAGUCCACUCGUUCGGCACCAUCUAAUCGUCUACUAUCUUAUAGUACGAAUUCUCUACCU